AUGUCCGCCGCCGAGACUGCUCCCGCCCCGACCUCGGUCGCUUCGCCUUCGUCGGCCAACCCGGCCAAGGACGCCUUUGAGCACAGCGAGGCGCUCCAGCGCAUCGCCGCCGUCCCCCUCGUGUCGGACUCGCUCUCGUUUGCCCAGUCGGCCAUCAACGCCCACCCGCUCCUCGCCCACACCUACCAGUUUGGCCAGGGCGCCUUUAACUCGUCGCUCAAGGCCGCCUCGCCCAUCACGAGCCGCCUGCACCCGCAGCUGGCCUACGUCGACUCGCUCGCCGUCAAGUCGCUCGACUUUGCCGAGAGCAGGUGGAGCUACCCCUUCCACGCCAACGCCAACGAGCUCAUCGAGGCCGCCAAGACGCCCGCCGACCAGGCCCGCAACCUGGUCCAGGCCUACGCCGCCGCCAUCCAGCAGGCGUACGGCGAGCGCGUCUACACGCCCGCCAAGGCCGCCUACGACGCCCACGUCGUGCCCGCCUACGAGGGCGCCCACACCAAGUUUGACGAGAUCAAGAGCCAGAACGCCUACCUCCAGCGCGCCACCGACGUCGUCCGCGACCUCCAGGCCAACCUGGCCAAGACCGUCGAGAGCAUCUCGUCGCGCGGCAAGCAGGAGGGCGACCAGGCGACGCAGAAGGCCCAGGGCAUCUCCAACGCCCUCUUUGCCGAGCUCGACCGCGUCCGCGCCUUUGCCUCGAAUCUGCCCGACGAGGGCCGCAAGCGCGUCGGCCCCGUCCUCGAGACCUUCACCGAGACCUACGAGCGCCUGAGCAAGGAGGCCCGCAACCCGGACGUGCCCGCCACGACGCGCUUCGUCAACGUCCUCAAGUUUGUCCGUGAGCAGUCGCUGCCCGCGCUGCAGAAGGCCAUCCUCCACCCCUCGUCGGCCGCCAACGGCACCUCGACAACGGCGACGACCGAGAAGCCCGCCACUAACGGCUCCGACUAA